AUGAGGGCACUGUUAGUUUCUGACCACAGAUCAGCGCUCCACACAUCACACACCACAGAAAACACCCUCCCUUCACUGACAACAGAGAUCAUGUCGUCCAGUCUCUCAGUACGGAGCUUCUCUUUGGGCCGGCAGCCCUCUUUCUCCAGCAUGUCUCUGAGGGACAGUGGACGUGCCCGAUCCAAAGCUGCGGUCUCGUUCGCUGCCUCUAAGCCUCUGUCUCGCUCUUCCUCCAUGAGCAUGUCAGAUCUGAACGGCCUCGGCAGCAUGUCUCUCAACGGCCUGCAUGGCAACAGCACCAAUGAAAAAGAGGCUAUGCAAAGCCUGAACAGCCGAUUGGCCAACUACCUAGAUAAGGUGCGCACUCUGGAGAAGUCCAACGCUGACCUGGAGCUGAGGAUCAAACAACUGAUGCUGGACCGUGUGCCGAAAGGACACGAUAUCGAUUCCAUGAUGGCCCAAGCUCAUGCUCUCGAACAGGAAGUAAGGAAGAAAACUCUGGAGAAUGCGCGGAUCAUGCUCGAGAUCGAUAACGCCAAGCUGGCUGCAGAUGAUUUCAGAAUCAAAUGGGAGACGGAGAGCGCAAUGUGUCAGUCUGUGGAACGAGACUGUGUGGCCCUGAAGAAAGCCAAGUCAGACCAUGACCAGAUCAUCGCCACACUCCGUGGUGACCUGGACAGCCUGAAAGAGGAACUCUACUUCUUGAGGAAGAACCAUGAGGAGGAAAUGGACAGUCUGAGAGCCCGGAUUGCUCAAGAGGAUGUCAAUGUGGAGGUGGAUGCGGCCCGUGGGCCAGAGCUGGGGACUGUCCUGUCUGAUCUCAGGUCUCAGUAUGAAGGCAUUGUCCAGAAGAACAAGGAGGAAGCUGAGAGCUGGUACCGUAAAAAGUUGGAGACGGUGCAGACGCAGGUGCGUGAGAGCAAUGAAGCCUUGAGAGGAGCUCAGAGUGAACUCACCGAGAGGCAGCGCUUUCUGCAGACCCUGGAAGUGGAACUGGAGAGCCUUCAUAAACAGGUGGCAGCUCUGGAGGGUAACCUAAGUGAGACAGGGCAGAAAUACACCCUAGAGAUGGAGCGCCUGCAGGCCACCCUGGCCCAGCUGGAGGACAGCCUGUCUCAGCUGCGUCUGGAUAUGCAGCGCAACAAGACUGACUACGAGCAGCUCCUGCGCAUCAAGCAGAAUCUGGAGAUGGAGAUUGCCACCUACAGGAGGCUGCUGGAGGGCGAGGAGACGGUUAAAGAGAUUCCUCCACCACCCAAGAAAGAGCCUGACGUUCGUACCCGCAAGAUAGUAAAGGUGGUAACGCAAACCAUGAUCAAUGGUAAAGUCGUGGACGAAUCCAGCGAAGUCGAACAGAUUGAGGAGACAAAGAAGUAAAACAAGAACAAGACUGUCUGUGUGAUUCUCCAUAUAAAAGCCUCUAUUGUCCGUUUAGAAGCUGCAUUACCUUUUGGCCCCAGCGGGCCCCUGAUUUUUGUUUCAUUCCCAGUCUUUCAAAGAGAUCGUCUUUCCUUUCUCAAGCAACAAAAAGAGCUGAAAUUACUAGGAAAGCCAUCAGAUUUAGAGCUGAAACUGAAGAAGAAACAAGUGACAAGUGUUGCUGUUAUUGCAUUUAGGCACUUGUCAGACCAAAUUCUUUCUGCAUGCAAUAUUUAUUUCUCAAUAGUGUAGCAUGAGGAUGAAAUUAUUAACUUAAGAGUUUGCUUCUCUGUCAUUGUUUUCAAUCUUUACCCAUAUUAAAAACUA